AUGGGCAUGAAAUUUUACCCAUGUCUCAGCAAUAGACAAGAGUCUCCUGACUCCGGAGAAAAGUUUGGUACGGUAGCGCCAGGAAAGACGCAGUUGCAGGAGUCACAUAGGUUACUGAAACGGAAGAGGACUAGGAUGACGGUCGGUACUUGUAACGCAUGUACGUUUGCAUCAGAAGCGGCCAUAGAAGAUCUGAUGAUGCAAGAAAAGAAGAUUAAGUACGACGUCAUCGGAAUGACCGAGACGAGACGACGUCACCCUCUCAACGCCGUAUAUGAAACUGGAGAAGAAUUGUUCUUAGGAACAUGUGACAGAAGUGGGGUUGGUGGAGUUGGCGUCCUCGUUAUCACGAGUAUGGUAAAGAACAUCGACGCUUUCGAACGACUAGACCCGAAUCGGAUGUCUGCGGAUGGGAAGAUGUGGUCCAACUCUAGCUUUGACUACUUCUUCGCUUACGCCAUAAGGAUAGCACCAAGUUAA